UUCAAAGAUCACUAAAUUUUAGCUAUGGUUCCAUUAUAUUUUCCUAAAUGUGUUGUGAGUUUUGCCCUCUUUGCCCAGGCUGUGGGUGCACUGGAUACAUUUAUUGCUGCUGUAUAUGAGCAUGCUGUUAUAUUGCCAAACAAAACAGAAACACCUGUUUCGGCAGAAGAGGCUUUGCUUCUGAUGAGCAAGAACAUAGAUGUUUUGGAGAAAGCAAUCAAGCUGGCAGCCGAGCAGGGUGCACAUAUCAUCGUGACCCCAGAAGAUGGAAUCUAUGGUUGGGUCUUCACCAGGGAGACCAUUUACCCCUACCUGGAAGAUAUACCGGACCCUGAAGUGAACUGGAUUCCCUGUAGAGACCCUAAGAGGUUUGGCUACACACCUGUGCAGGAGAGACUCAGCUGCCUUGCCAAAGAUAACUCUAUCUAUGUUGUGGCAAAUAUUGGGGACAAGAAGCCAUGUAAUGCUACUGACCCUCAAUGUCCUCUGGAUGGCCGUUAUCAAUACAACACCAAUGUGGUAUUUGAUUCUGAGGGUAGGCUAACAGCCCGAUACCAUAAGUACAAUCUUUUCGAACCAGAGAUUCAGUUUGAUUUCCCCAAAGAUUCUGAGUUGGUGACCUUUGACACUCCCUUUGGGAGGUUUGGCAUCUUCACUUGCUUUGACAUUUUUUCUUACGACCCCGCUGUGGUGACGGUGAAGGACUUUCAAGUUGACAGUGUUCUCUACCCUGCGGCAUGGUACAACACUCUGCCUCUCCUUUCAGCCGUCCCAUUCCAUUCAGCUUGGGCCAGAGCCAUGGGAGUCAACCUGCUCGCUGCAAACACCCACAACACCACAAUGCACAUGACAGGGAGUGGGAUCUACAGCCCAGAGGCUGUCGGUGUGUACCACUAUGACAUGGAGACAGACAGCGGCCAGCUACUGUUAUCAGAACUGAAGUCUCGGCCCCGCCAGUCCACCCCCGCUGCAGAAGUAGACUGGAGUGCUUAUGCCAGAAGUAUCAAGCCAUUCUCCUCAGAGCAGGCAGACUUCCCAGGGAUGCUUUAUUUUGAUGAGUUCAGCUUCACCAAGCUUUCUGGAAGCACUGGAAAUGUCACAGUUUGCCAAAAGGACCUGUGUUGUUACCUGACUUACAAGAUGUCAGAGAAACGAAUGGAUGAGGCCUAUGUGCUGGGUGCCUUUGAUGGACUGCACACAGUGGAAGGCCAAUACUACUUACAGAUAUGCACAUUGCUGAAGUGUCAAACCACCAACUUGAGAACUUGUGGGGAACCUGUGGGGUCAGCUUUCACCAAGUUUGAAGAAUUCUCUCUCAGUGGCACCUUUGGGACGAACUACGUUUUUCCUCAGCUUGUCCUAAGUGGGAGUCAGCUUGCCCUGGAAAGAUAUUAUGAAGUUUCAAGAGAUGGACGUCUCAGAAGCCGAGGUGGAGUCCCUUUGCCUGUCUUAGUGAUGGCCCUAUAUGGAAGAAUGUUCGAGAAGGACCCUCCACGCUUAGGGCAGGGACCUAGGAAGUUACAAAGGAACCCCUUCACUGGGGACUGUCAGGAUUAG